CCGCUAUAUAACUGUGAUGUGCGCAUAUAAACCAAUGGUACUUGCAGUGUAUGCAGCCGGUGUUGUGUGCACUCCGCGAUUGCGAUCUCUGUGUAACUUUCAUGUCGGACGUCUGAGAAAUACAUCUAAUAAAAGGGCUCGUGACUAUACAGCUGUUGUGCCAGGUCUACGCUGGUUUCAGAAUGAAGAGGGCCUAUGAAGGAGUGUUCUUGGCGACCUUCAGCGCUGUGGUUUGGUUGACGGCGUCAGCGCAGGACGAGUGUAACGACAUGCUGAGGCGUUACAGCGACAACCAUACUCUCUGCCUGCCAAACAACACGCAGUGCCACCUGCAAGUGACAGGCAUCGAGGAUGAGAUGAAGCAGUACAUACUCAAGCUCCACAACCAUUAUCGCAACUUGAUGGCUCUCGGUCAUGAGCAGGACAUGCCUCCCGCAUCUGACAUGAUGGAAAUGGAAUGGGACGACGACUUGGCGGAACUCGCUCAAGCCCAUGCCAACCAAUGUGUCUUUGACCAUGACUGUGGUGACUGCAGGCGACUCCCCCAAUUCUCGUCAGUGGGUCAAAACUUAUGUCUGGAUCGUACCAACAGCUACGACCCAUCACCGAACUGGGAAAGCUGCAUCAAGCGAUGGUACGACGAGGUUCCUUUGUUCGCGAACACGUCCAUAUCCCCGUUCCAGUUUAACUUCCCCGCAGGACAUUUCACUCAGAUGGUGUGGGCUACAACAUGGAGAAUCGGCUGUGGCUACGCGAGGUAUCCUUCACCACAGCCUCCUUAUGUGUAUGACCUUCUCUACACGUGCGACUAUGGACCAGGGGGAAACCUGCAGGACGGCACAAUGUACAGAGAGGGAGAAGCAUGUUCUCAGUGCCCAGAAGGGACGUGCUGCGGAUCAGAUUGUGAAGUUCAGGGAGUCGACACGAGAUUCAAAGGACUUUGCAAGUCUACGACACCGGACGGUCCUAAACAGGAGAUUGCCAGGAAACGUCUCUUGUGGGUGUGUACGUUUGAGAAUGACACAGCGGAAUCUUGCGAGACUAGGCAGCAUCCUCCUGAAGCCUUUGCUGUCAUCCCCCAGUUUUCUGCUGGACACCUGGAGACAGUGGUACAACCUGGCGAAAGAGCAGGAGUUACAUUCUCUGCAGUAGCCAAGACGAACGAGUCUUCUGUCUGCAUUACCGUGGAGUUCGACAAGGGACCCAACGUUGCCAGCGAAGAAUCCAACAACGUUCUGAAGAUGUUGCUAACGUCCCCGACCUUCAAUCUCUUCCAUAUUGACACCGAGAUGGGUGCAGGAAUAGACGGCUUUCAGAGCUUCCAUUUUACGCUUCGAGCAGCUAUUCCUGUUCAGGUGGGCUUUUCCUUCUCGGUCCCAGAAAACGCCACUGCUCAGUUCCUGGACAUCUACAAGGUCCAAGUAACCAGCGGAUACUGUGGUCAAGCGUAGCGACAUGACUGCGCAGCAUGACGCGCUUCAUGAUAGCCGUGAUACCACUUGCGGGCAGUAACUCACCUCUUCCUCAUUUGUGUGCGGUCAUCUCGCAGAGUACAAUAUGACGGACAAUGAUACGCGCACAGUGCAGUUACACUACACGGCGCGUAAAUGAUUUACGUGAUCACGCUGCAUGCAAUCGCGUGACAUAAUCAAUCUGCUCAGGUAAGCGUCAUUUUAUCCGAAGCGAUGACUUAUAUGACACACGUGUUGCGCCAACGUCACUUACGUCAACAAGUAUAUGCCUUACUGUUGUACGGCGCAUUUGUAGAAGGAAAUCCUAUGUACAUGACAUAAAUAAAAUUAGAGUGAGUGAA